AGUUCAAGUUAGUUGGGUAUUAGACGUCACAAGGCAGUUAGUUGUGCGCUGAAUUUACAUCUAGUGAAAUCCGAUGUUCCUAAUGGCAGCAAACGAUGAUGAGCAAGUGGUUGAAUCAGCAAAUGAAUAGAAAUCAACACCGACACGACAACAACACAAUGUAAUUAUAAGUGUAAUAAAAAUAAUAGAAUCUUCGGGGCAUGCGGUUGCAAGUUGAUAAAAUAUCGAACUCGUCGCCAGUUAAGGUUAUUUGUGAGUCAACUCUGAACGAAUGAUGAACUGCGUCGGUGGGCUGUUGCCAAAAGACUGUGACGGUUAGUGAAACGUCCAUGGUGUAGAAAUAAUUAAAGCGAAUUAAAGUCUGGAAAAGUGUCUGCCACAAAGAGUGAAUAGUUUCGAAGUAAGAAAAAAUAGUGAAAGAUGUUGCUGCUCGUAUUAAUCUCGUUGGCACCACUUUUCACAUUGCAAACUGAAGUGUUUUUAAACUACAACGGAUUUAAUCCGAUCGCCACCGUGCCAUCUGCAUCAGCAGCUUACAACUCUGCCUCCUCCGGUUUAACGCCAACCACAAGGCGUUUAUCAACAGCAGCAACAACAACAACAUAUGCACAGCAACAGUUGCAAUGGCCACCGGCGAUAGUGCACAACGAUUGGUAUAUUCUGCAAGCAGCCGCAAACGCUGCGGUCGCAGCCGUGACCACCCAAGCAGAUGCCACGCCCGGUAAUAGACUGCAAAAGCCACACGAAGCAAUCACGCAGGAUAAACAGCCGUACAGCACACCACACAACAACUAUGAUACACCACAUGCGGUACAGCAACAGCUGCUGCAACAAAAUCAGCUAAAUUAUUAUACUUACAACAGCAGCAACAGCGGAAAUUACCGUUCGCCGGCACAGGAUACGCGCUUCGUUGCGCCAUAUGUAUUGACGGUAAGUAAUCAACGACGCCCAUCGAUGCCUUCGGGCGAAAUGAGUAGGCGGCGCGAGCACAGCAACAACACCGCUGACAAUGCUGUCAAUAACCUCAACAACCGAAGGUAUAUCAACAAUUACUACAACAAAAGCGCAAGUCAACACAAUAAGUAUGGCGACAAUGAGCAAACUGCAACAAAUAAAGUCAACAAUGCCGCCACCAUUAUUGCGCAACCACAGCAUUCAGCGGUGCUUGGUUGGCAGGAUAUUGAAAGCAGAAACGUUGGAGAGGACAACAGCGAUGGCAAUGGCGACAGGAAUGUCGUCGACAUUGAAGAAAGCAUGGAGGUUGGAAGUGUGGAAAAUGAUAUAAAUAGUCUUGAGGGAGCGCAGUUCGAUGAAGUUUUUGUGCCACUAGGAAAUGCCUUGGACAAAAUACGAAACUUUUGCGAGGUUUUCAGACGUAUCAUAAGCGAUGACGAAGACUUUGAAAGCGACGACCUCGUUACAUUGGGGAGCAGCGCUGAGGCAUUCGCAAGCACAGCAUCCGUCACGACAGCACAGUCAGCCGCUGUAGACACAGUCAUUUCUGCUGGUGACAACGCACAGCUGUUGUUGGAAGUUCAAGGUCAACGAAGCCCUCCCACCGCUACCGCGACUACCGCUGCACAUUUAAGCACGCAACAGUCCCAACCGACGGCUGCGGCGGCAUUGGUGUGGCCAACAAUGACGGCACCAGCUACGCCGCGGUCAACUGCGGUUACAGCAUCUGCCUGGGCAACAACAAACGCAAGUUCAAACAUACUGAACUCAGCUAAAUCAUUAACGUCCACGGCGCUGGCCAUUGGUCGAGGGAAAAAGUUGAAAAAGAAAUUGAAAAAACUGAUGUUGCCAUUGUUGUUGGCAUACAAGCUGAAAUUCAUAGCAUUAGUGCCGCUGCUAAUUGGUGGCCUAACACUGUUGGUGGGCAGCACCGGCCUGGCCGGCUUCUUUUUUGCACUCUUCUUAACGGUGAUGAGUCUGAAAGGUGGCGGCAGUGUUAACAAAUCGAUUGUAAUUAAGAAAGUUUGGUAAAUGCUCAACAGCCAGAGCAAUUUUCGGCUACGUAAUCAGAGCAGGGGCACGGCACAUUAUUAGCUAAUCUUUUUUAUCGGUCAACACGAAUUGUCAUGAAUUACCGUUGCUCUUUGCACCUUGUAAGUGACAUAGAAAAUGGGCGAAGUGAAUUGCACAAUCGCUCACUUGAAAUUGGGCGCUGUUAUUGUUGUUGACCAAAAGCAAAGUCAAAGCCAUUUUUAUGUUGUAGUUAUAAAACAAUAGACAAACUGUAUAACAGCUCGCAUUAUUUUUUUCUGUUUCUGUACAACUCUCGUGAGCAUAAGUUUACAUAUAAUUUUCCUCAAUUCCCACUCGUGCCGCUGUUUAUGCAUGCAGUUGUUGCAGUGCGCGGCACGCAAAACCGGAUACAACAACUACUCCCAUUAACACCGCUAAUUUAAGUCAAUUACUUCAAAAAAAAAGAAAUAUAUUUGCAAUGAAUAAAUAUAUAGGCAAGCAGAUUUGUUAUUCAACCGUUUGAGUCCGUGUCGAGCUAGUUGGAAUGCAAGCUACGUGGAAAGCUGGUCAACAUUUUAGAGGUCACGCCGGUAACGGUUCAAAUUUUGAAUUUGAAACAACAAUUUUUUUUGCAAAUUUAAGCCCAUUUAUAAACAUAUUUUAAUUAAUUAUA